AUGGCCAACACUAUCGCUCCAGUCCAUCCGGCUCGUCCGGCCCAGCAGGCCCAUCAAGCCCCGUCCGUUCUCGUCGAGGCCGGGCUCGCACUAUCGCUAUCGACAAAACAGACCACCCGCCGGCUGCGCAAGCGCGAGCAACCCGCCUUCCUGCCCACGCCCGAAGACUGGCAGUACUUCCAUUCUCUCCCGCCGAAGAUCCAACAGACACACUUUUCGAAGGAAGAGCGGCUUCUGCUGCAGAGUCUGCCGGACGCUGAUAUCAUUGACGCAGCCGAUCUAGCCGUCUAUAAGUUUGAACAACGACGACGAGCGUUACUCCAGAGACAGUCUCCUUCCGAGACGGAGAGGACCCCCCGAAGCAGCUCGAGAGGUUCAAUUGCGUCGGCUUCCACGUCCUCAGAACCCGUCGACUCCGCCAUCGAUAUGGAGGACUCGUUUUACGACAGUUUCCGCUGGCUUGACGAGGAUGGUGACCUCGAUCUGACCUUGGAUCCCUAUCAUGCCCAUGUCGCAGAAAGCGCCGCAGUCUCGCCGCCUGCAACGUCUGCGUCGCAGCGUCGAAAGCCCUCCUUUCGGCGGACCUUGUCCUUUACCCAUAAAGCUCGCGCGUCGACCUCCAACGCCAGCCAACGAUCGCUGAACUCGAGUCAAUCAUCCACUAUUCCCUUCCCGAUCCUGGGCCAAACCGCUCGUUCCCGCAGCGCCAACGGGCGGCCAGCGUCCAGCCAACCCGCAGCCCGUCGCCACACCUGCCAUCGUUCCUCCUCUUCGAUUGAUCCGUCUGCCCAGUACUACCAAGAUCCCGAAGCCCGACUGAAGCUGCGUGUCUACUUGGCAUCCCCGCAGAAGUUUGAUGAGGCCGUGGAGUUCGGAUUUCCCUCUCUGGAUGACAAGGAGAACCUUCGACCCAAACCUCCAUCCCAUGAAUGGAAGCGGUCCCCUCGAUCCAGCCACCAGGAUUCUGCUGGCACUUUCUUGGACGAUGACACCGCGUCCGCAGAUGGGGACGUCGCGGGCGAUCCCGCCAACGACCGGAAGGAAGAAAGUGAAUCUUUUGAAAUCUACAAGGAUUCUGCAGGCAACCGCAGACCGCAGCCUCUGCCGUCUCGGAACCCUCCGGUUGGUCGACAUCGCGAGAUGACUUUGAAAAUGACCUUGACACGGCCGGAUUUGCGAACGCUCGAUUCCAGCUACAACGACGCGGAUGACCCAUUGAAGUUGGCUGAGCUGCCUCCGGUGGAUGAACACGCCAAUUUGUGGGAUGAUUACCCAGAACGUCAAGGCGUGGUAAAGAAGAUGUGGCGCAAAUUUCGCAGGCGAAAAGACUAG